CGCAACGCGUGGCAAAAAAAACAGACGUCACGGGCCGACGGUUUGACGCGCGCCACGUGACGCGUUUGACGCAUUUAACAUCUUUGCCGCAUGGCCGACUUUGCCCGCGACUUUGCCGCCGCCGGCCUGCGACUGACGCAGACGCUCUUCGCCGCCAUCGGCCUCAUUGCGCAUGCGACCAGCUUCCCACGCGGUCAAGCCGGACAUGGCGUCGCCAUCCAGCUCGGCGGUCCCACGUGGGACGCGUGCCUCCUCGUGCUCUGCGUCGCACUCAUCUACGGUCUCUGGCGCGCGGUUCGCGAGGUCCAAGCGGCGCGGCGCGUCCGCCAGCUGCGCAGCAGCGUCUACGACACGACGCGGACCGAUUUGAACCACAGCACGAUGCUCGAGGCGCUGACCGUGACGCCGACCAAGCGCCGCGAGCUCCUCACGGACGCUGCGUUCUUUCUCAUUGCGUUUGGCCUCGGCCUCGGUGCGUCGCUCGCCGCGUACAACAGCGACUGCUCUCUGUAUGCGAGCGCGGGCUUGGCGAGCUGUGGGCUCUUGCGGCUCGAGAUUGCGGCCGUGUACCUCGUCGGGCUGCUCUCGCUCGCUGCCGUCGGGCUCUGGCUUCAUGGCAUUGACCCGGAAGAGCGGUUUGUGUACAUCAAAUUCGUGCUCUGGCCGCCACGCUCGAGCGCCGAGGACGACGCAAGCCACGUGAGCGCGACCACCGACCACGACGACGUCAAGUACAGCGAGAGCGCCGUGCGCUACACGGGCGCCGGCGUCCCCGACUCGGCGCGGGGCCAUAAACCAACGUUCCGGGCCAUUGACGUCUAGCCUUUCACCAUUUCAUUAAACACCAAUCUGAGUAUUUCCAAGUUGGAUACGUG